AUGAUUCAGUCGAGAAGCGAAACGGGAUCAACGCAGAACGGUUUAAAUGACCGACCAUCUCAACAAAUCGAAGAUGAGAAUCUGCCGUCAUCACCACAGACAUCACCAUCAAACGAGUCAUUGAUUGACCGAAGUUUGUUGGAAUGGCAAGAUGAGGCAUCUGCGAUGUCUGCGAGAUAUCGAUGGCACAAUCACAUCGAAAGAUUGCUCACUUUUUGUAGUUACACAUGCGAUCCCGCAUCCAUCUAUAUUGUACCAAGAUUGUAUGGGAAACAUGGAGCUGCAUUCACAUACUGCUUACUGGUAGCGUAUCUGUUCGUUGGUCUGCCCGUAACGUAUCUCGAAAUGGCUCUUGGUCAGUAUACGUCGACAUCACCGCAUCGAUUAUUCUCACGAAUGGUACCGGCAACUUCAGGUGCGACUUUGGAAGGAUGGGUAGAUGGUGCCGAGUACCUUGUGAAUCCUUCACGCCGUUCAAAAUCUUUUGCUGAUGCAUCGUUGUACGCUGAUGCUGUCACUUGUGUUCUAUUGACGCUUAGAUUGGGUAGUGGAGGUAUUCAUCAUUUAGCAUCGCACAAUAGUUUUCACAAUAAUAUCGCAAAUGAUGCAGUCAUCGUUGUUUUGACGAAUAUCUUUUUCUCAAUCCUCUCUGUGUUUGGAACAUUCUUCUAUUUGGGUUACAUUGCAAAUAGUGUCUAUUAUUGGAGAACAAUGGAUCGACAUAAACGUCUGUUGUUCGCAAUCGAAAGCGGUGUUCUGGAUACGUUUCCGAUCGCAGAAGUCGCAUCGAAGAUCAAGAAACCGCUACCAGGAUUCAUGCAUGCUACUUUCUUUUUCGUAGCACUCACACUCAGCACUCUACAAUCUUUGCAUGGUGUUAUGCUACUAUCGAUAUUUUUAUGUGCAUAUUUCACGAUUGUGAAACACGGUUAUUUGAUAAUUAUUUACUUCCGAAGAUACAUCUCCUAUUCACUGGCGUACGUCGUUCUAAUUGAGAUUAUCAGCGUGGUUUACGUUUAUCGACUUAGGCGAUUCCUUACAAAUAUUCGCACAAUGGUCGGUGGAUCCAUUCGUAUCAAAGCUUAUUGGUGGACAAAUUGGUUCAUUUUUACACCUGUCAUUCUCAGUAUUUCAAUUUUGGUGCAAAUUUUUGGUUGGAAACCAACGAUGAGUACACUCUAUAAACCAGCCGUCAGCAUUGAUAUUUUUGGAUGGUUGUUGACAUUCACGAUAAUCGGUUUUAUACCGGGUGUGUUGAUCUAUUCAGUCAUAAAAGCAUACAGAUCAAAUACACCAAUUAAAUCUAUCAUACGAUCUGACCCUAAAUGGGGUCCAGCUUCGACAGAAGAUCGCUUGAAUGCGAAGAAAAGCGAAAAAGCUAUUCGAGUAUAG